CAGAAGGAACAGUCAAAAUGCAGGCAGAGCACAUGACAAAGCAGUAGGGACAAAUGUAUGUGAAAUAAAAUGACAGUUUCUAAAAAUUUUUAAAUUUGCCGCCGGUUCCGGCCCCCCGAACGUCCCGAUGCUCGCAGGGACCGGAACACGGAAGCCAAAUCCCAACAUCGGCCGGAGGAGAUGGCCGGGGAUGCUGCAGGGGACACAUCGCGGGAGCGAAGGACAAGGUAAGCGCUGCAGGGAAUCCCUGAGCAACGCCGCAUGGUAAGCCCGAGUGUAGCUCGGGGUUACCGUUUUUGGUACCUAAACUU